AUGAAGCAUAAGGUUGCCACAGCUUAUCAUCCACAAACUAGCGGACAAGUGGAAGUUUCUAACAGGGAGAUUAAGAGAAUUCUUGAAAAAGUUAUUAAUCCCUCAAGGAAGGAUUGGUUGGCUAGGCUUGAUGAUGCUUUAUGGGCAUACCGAAUAGCCUUUAAAAUGCCUUUGGGAGCAUCUCCAUACAGGCUUGUGUUUGGGAAGGUUUGCCAUCUACCAGUGGAACUUGAGGACAAAGCAUAUUGGGCAGUCAUGAAGCUCAAUCUUGACAUACAGGCUACUGGGGAAAAGAGGCUCAUACAACUCAAUGAGUUGGAGGAAUUCCGCUUACUUACCUAUGAAAAUGCCAAGUUGUACAAGGAAAAGACCAAGAGGUGGCGUGAUAGGAAAAUACUCCCUCAGAAGUUUGAAGCAAGGCAAAGUGUGCUUCUUUUCAAUUCCAGGCUGAAACUCUUUCCAGGAAAGUUGAAAUCAUGCUGGUCAGGGCCUUUCAAAGUUGUUGCAGUUUUCCCACAUGGUGCAGUGGAGCUUAUUGAAGAAAAUUCAGGAAGAAAGUUUAAGGAUAAUGGCCAGUGGUUGAAGCAUUAUUGGGGAAGUGAGAUGAACAAGGAGAAGACUUCAAUCUCCUUGCAAAAUUCAUAA